GAAUAAAUCAAAAUAAUUUUUUAAGAAGUAUAAAUUUUCAAAAAUAAAAUUUCCUUUUGGCUGAAAUAAAACAAAGUCGUAAUGGAGUACGGUAAUACGGGUGGUGCGGAAUUCAACUGGAACUAUAGCAUGGGCGGCAAUGGAGGUGGCGGUGGUGGUGACCAGAGCAUGCCCAUCUAUCCACAGAUGGGUCAGAUGGGCCAGAUGGGCCAGAUGGAUGCGGGCUAUGGUGGCGGACAACAGUGGCUGCACUCGAAUCAGGGCAAUGCCCAAAAUUAUCAACCGUCGAUGCCCCAAGGUCAGGCCUCGCCCAGUCCCUUUGAUGGCUACAACCAGUCAAUGAUGCGCUACACAAAUCUACCGAAAACGGAGGGUGGCUCAAUGGGUCAACAGCAGGAAGGUCAAUCGAUGGGCAUGAAUGCCAUGGGCAACAACUAUGGCGGCUAUUCCGGUUCCAUGUCGCGCAAUGGUCUUGGCAACCCUGGCGCUGGCAUGGGACAGGGUGCCAAUAGCGGCUAUGGCGGCAACUGGUAAUCGAUUGUCAGCCUCUUUUUCCUUCCCGUUUACCAGUUAAAGUUUUACGAAAUCUCUAUAUAUAGUCUCCAUGGAACCCAAAUAUUUUUAAUAAAUAACAGCUCCUAAAAUGGCAA